AUGCUGCAAGUCCCAGAACAAGAGGAGGAUCUCGCUUUACCCACCCCGGUUGGUCCAAGCACCCCUUCUGAGAAUCUGGAAGCACCCAGCCCGUAUUCCAUAUGUUCAUGGACUAUCCCUAGACUUGCAGCUGAGUUACGAUGCAUGGGGGUCCCAUUCCUGACUACAGCUCGCAAAGCCAAACUCUAUUUAUCACCAACACCUGUACUCCCCAGCCAGUGGGAGCAUCCCAAUAACAGAACCAUCAUCAAGGAAUUCAGGAUUCUAGGAUUUGAGAACAUUCACAACAUUAAAAUUAUGCUAUUUCUUCUGUUUCUAGUCAGCUAUAUUGUGACUUUAUCUGCAAAUUCUAUGAUUAUCUCAUUGGUGGUAACAUCUCCAUACAUCUCCUCUCCCAUGUACUUCUUCCUCAGCCACUUGUCUAUUACUGACAUUCUACUCACCACAACCAUUGUUCCUGGAAUGCUUCACAUUACAUUAAUGGAAGGAAUCACCAUGUCUCUUGCUGGCUGCUUCAUCCAAUUCUACUUUGUUUCUAUAUUUGCUGCUGCUGAAUGUUUACUGCUCACGGUAAUGUCAUAUGAUCGAUAUUUGGCCAUCUGUAAUCCACUACGUUAUGCCUCCAUUAUGGACCUUACAUUGUGUAUUUAUCUUGGAAUUUUAUCUUGGGCAUUAGGAAUACUAGUUGCUUUGCCUCAUGUUCUCAUCUUAAGCCAAAUGACAUUUUGUGGUUCCAAUAUAAUUGACCAUUUCUUCUGUGAUCUGGUUCCAAUUCUUAAUCUAUCUUGUACUAAGGAUAUGGCUAAUGAAAUAGUAACAAUUGUCCUCUCCACCUUGCUUACACUUUUCCCAUUUGCUUUUAUUACUAUGACUUACAUCAGUAUAUUUCUUACCAUCCUCCAGAUCUCCACCAUCAAUGAGAGACAGAAAGCCUUCUCCACCUGCAGUUCCCACCUGACUGUGGUGUGUUUAUAUUAUGGGACAUUAGUAUGUAAUUACUUGGUUCCAUCUAAUAAAGAAUACUUGGGUCUACAAAAGCUGGUGUCAAUGCUUUACACUAUAGUUACCCCAUUACUAAACCCUAUUAUUUACAGUCUGAGAAAUAAGCAUAUCAGAGGAGCAGUAAUACAACUUUUCUUAAAGAGAAAGUAA